AAGGAAUGGAGGAGGAGCUGCGUGGUGCUCCUUCUUCCUAUCGGAAUGGAAUGACCACGAAGCUGCGCCUGUACCGCCGGGAUCUGGGCAAACUGCAGAGAGACAUGAAGAACUCUGCUCCCGGCUUUGGCUCCUCGACCCAGCCAGUCGGAGGAAGUCAUCACGGCAUCUACUCAUCAGAAAAUCAGCAGAGUACUCACCUGCAGUCCCAGAGAACCUUGCUGCUCCAGGGCACAGAGUCUCUGAACAAUGCCAGUCAGAGCAUUGAACGGAGCCAACGCAUCGCUGCAGAGACGGAGCACAUCGGUACAGACAUCAUCGAGGAGCUGGGCGAGCAGCGGGAGCAGCUGGACCGCACCAGAAACAGAUUGAUGAACACUGGAGAGAACCUCAGUCGAAGUCGGAAGAUCCUUCGUGCCAUGUCACGGCGGCUGAUGACAAACAAGUUGCUUUUAGGUGUUAUCAUUUUAAUGGAGUUGGCGAUCCUGGGCGCUGUUAUCUACCUGAAGUUCUUCCGACGAUGAACUUUCCCACCUCAGAAGAGUCUUAAGCUCUUGAUCCGAGAGCAAAACCGGAUUCUCUGCAUCUGUCUCCAUCAACUGUCCAGUAGCAAUAAUGCUGCUCUGCUGUAUUCAGCCAACUGUUUUUAUAUUAGUGCAAAAAAGGACAAUAAGAAGAUUCAGAUUCUAACUGAAGCUUCACUGAGAGAGGACUUUGUCUGUGAGCAGGUGAAGUUCAUUCCACAGGAAUAACAAAUUGUUCAACCUGUGAAUGGACUAAACCUACAGGACAAACUGUGAACUGAGAUCUGCACUGUUUUAUCAGACCAUUAAUGCCAAUGAUGUCCUGCGGGAGGAUUCUCUGGACUUGUGCUCUGACUGCUGCAGAUUCCAGAGGUGAUCUGUGAUGAGUUUGGUUGCGUUACUGCCACAUGUUAGACUCUCUGGUGUGGUUGACAGUUCUCAUGAAAUGACGUUGGCAUAUCAGCUCUGUGAGUUUUUAAAAAUUCUCAGCAUGGGAUACUUUUCUGUUCUAUUCUACAUUAUUGUAUUGUUUAUUAUCUUUAUGAAUCGAACAGUAUGUGAUGAAAUGGCACCAGCUGAGUGUAUUUUCCUACAGUCUUCAUGCUCCGUAUCCAGAUGGUUAUUUUGAGCUCAUUUUUUUAUUUCUCUGAUGUGAGAAAAAGUCCUUCAGAGGAAUGAAUGUGGAUGAAAUGUCAGCAAGACUCUUAAUACAAUUACAGUGUUCUUAACAGUUAAUGAUGUUGUCUAAUCACUGUAUACCACAAAUACAUCUUAGCAGAAAUAAGCGUCUCUAUUCUUUAUUUGACAGUCUACACAUUAAAGCUAAUAUCUAACCUCA